AUGCCUUCUGCAGGUGUUGCAUACGAGGAGCGGUCUUCGGACCCGGAGCUCUCGUCAAAUGCGUCGGAGUCCGCCGACGAGUCCGAUUACCUCGACAGCGCUGCUUCCAGGAAACGGCGUCGCACUUCUCCCGAACUCCAAGUCGGGGGAGACGAGAGCGAUGAAGACGAAGACAACGACGACGAGACCCCGAAGCUGGUAGUGCCUUCUAUAGCCGUGCCCUCUCGCAUCAAGCGAAACGUUGGGAAGAGAGAGGACGGACCUGUCAGCAAACCCCCAGCUACUUCACAAUCGGAACCACAACCACAGUCGCAAAAUCCCAUACUGGCGCCGACCGAUCCCAAUACUACAUUCUCUGCCCUCAAUGUGCGGCCGUGGCUUGUCCAGUCGCUUGGAAACAUGGCCAUCAGACGGCCAACCGGCAUUCAAAAGGGCUGCAUACCGGAGAUCUUGAAGGGAAGGGACUGCAUCGGAGGCAGCAGAACAGGUUCGGGAAAGACUGUGGCCUUUGCCGUCCCUGUGCUCCAGAAGUGGGCUGAGGAUCCUACCGCCAUCUUCGCCGUUGUCCUCACGCCGACCCGAGAGCUUGCACUUCAGAUCUACGAGCAGUUCAAGGCGAUUUCGUCUCCGCAGAGCCUCAAGAUCAUCCUUGUGACCGGCGGCGCUGACAUGCGAGCUCAAGCCAUUGCGCUUGCUCAGCGGCCGCAUGUCAUCAUUGCGACUCCUGGACGUCUGGCGGACCACAUCAGGACAUCGGGAGAGGACACCAUCUGCGGGCUUCGAAGAGUACGCUUCGUGGUUCUCGAUGAGGCAGACCGGCUCCUGCAUGCGGGCGGCAAAGGCAGUAUGCUGCCAGACGUCGAGGAGUGCUUGUCAGUGUUGCCGCCUGCCACCGAAAGACAGACGCUUCUCUUCACGGCAACCAUCACGCCGGAGGUGCGAGCGCUCAAGGAGCUGCCGCAACGGCCCGGAAAGCCGCCCGUCUUCGUCUGCGAGGUGGACACGCAGAUGCUGGCCAUUCCAGCAACCCUGAGCCAGAAGCAUGUGCAGAUCCCCGUCACCCACAAGGAGCACUAUCUCCACGUCUUCCUGCUCACCGAGGCCAACGUCAACAAGACGGUCAUCAUAUUCUGCAACCGUACGACGACAGCCGAGUACCUUCACCAUCUGCUGCGAUUGCUGGACCACCGAGUCACCUCUUUGCAUUCCAAGCUCCCCCAGAGGCAGCGGACGGACAACCUUGCCCGCUUCCGAGCGUCGGCGGCGCGGAUCUUGGUAGCGACGGACGUGGCAGCCCGAGGUCUCGAUAUCCAGGAAGUCAGCCUGGUCAUCAACUACGAUGUCCCCCGGGACCCUGAUGACUACAUUCACCGCGUGGGACGUACCGCCCGUGCGGGUCGCAAGGGUGAGGCCGUGACGCUGGUGGGCCAGCGAGACGUGGAGCUGGUCCUGGCCAUUGAAGAGCGCGUGGGCCGCAAGAUGGAGGCUUGGGAAGAGGAGGGCGUCAACCUGGAGACGAGAGUGAUCCGAGACGCCCUCAAGGUGGUUAGCGAGAAGAAGCGGGAGGCGCUGCUGGAGAUGGAAGAAGGGAGGGAGGUCGGCGGCAAGAGGAAGAAGACGAAGCAGAAGCUUCAGGCAUAGUAUCACCA